AUGACCCUGCAUUGUGUUGCGCCCAAAAUCGCGAUUCCCUGCCAGCCAUUGGCGCUUAUGCAGUGGGACGUUGGCUACUACAAGACAAAUCUCACGCCAACAUGUCGGGGCUUCGACAGUUUUUACGGCUACUACAACGGAGAGGAGGACUACUACACGCACAGCAUAACGCAUGAGAACCACACGGGACUCGACUUCUGGCUCAACCGGGAACCGUUAUCCUCCGAAAAUGGUUCAUAUUCUACGACUCUUUUCACGGAACGAGCGCAGUACCUGAUUCGAAACAGGAACAAGUCAAAGCCGUUCUUUCUGCUCCUGAGUCACCAGUCACCACAUGGUGCCGGAGAGCCCGAAACCUUUGAAGCACCGAAGGAAAAUGUGGACAAGUUUCCAUACAUUCGAGAGAAGAACAGAACAAUUUAUGCAGGUGAGAGUCCCUGGCAGUGCACGAAUGGUGGACGCACUAGACCAGUCUGUCGGCGAAGUUUUCAAGACUCUCCGCGAUGCUCACAUGCUCGACAACAGCAGUCGUCAUCUUCAGCAGCGACAACGGUGGCCAACCAUGGGGCCGGCACUGCGACCCGCAGCAUCAACUGGCCGCUGCGCGGAUCCAAGGGCACGGUCUGGGAAGGAGGCACCAGAGUUCCAGCUUUCGUGUGGAGCCCCCUUCUGGCCAACACUCGGAGGGUGUCCAAACAACUGAUACACAUCACCGACUGGCUGCCCACGUUAUACUCAAUCGGAGGUGGUGACGUGCAAGCCCUAGGCAAGCUAGAUGGAUUCGACAUGUGGCGGUACCUGUCUCAAGGGGUAGGAUCGCCUCGUGUCGAGAUGUUGUACAACAUUGACUACCGGUUCAUGAACGCCUCAGCUCUUCGACUGGGCCGUUACAAGUUGGUGCUCGAUGCCACCGGGUUCAUGAACGAGCGCUACGUUCGACCGGGUGGCAACCGUCCGUACAAGGACCUCGACAAGCUGCUAGCCCGGUCGACCGUAGCCAAAGUUCUCAGAGGCUUCUACAAAAAGGACGGGCUAAAGUUUCCCAAGGACUGGAGAGAAAGAGCGACGUUGAAGUGUGGCGUGCCGGACAAGGGAGAAUUUUACCCGAACGACGCGGUCCACCUGUUCGACAUCUUGGAAGAUCCAUGCGAGCUGAACAAUUUGGCCAACUCACAUCCAGAGGUUGUGACGUUCUUGAAGACGCGAAUCAGCGCCUACCAAGCUGAAGCGAUGCCCGUGCAGUACAAGCCCAAAGAUCCUGCUGGAUUUCCAGAGAAACACAACGGAACUUGGGCACCUUGGGUGCAGACAUCGUGCAGCUAGCACAGCGAGCUUUCGAGGCGCUGUGCAAAAUAUGUUCACCAAUUAAUUAAGACAAUCUCACUGCAAAACAUAUUUGAGUAACUACUUAUUGAAUGAAGAUCGAAAGCACGCCUUCCUGAUUGCUUCGAGGGAACCUAGACGACCGCCCAUGACGGAGCAGAACACCCUGGGAACAUGGCCUGAUGCGACACAUCAACAGAGCAAUGCAAAGAAAUCGCUGCCACGCUCCCUGAGGUCAACCAACUUGCAUGGCCGACUGCAACAGACUGCAUAACAAACGUCUGGACAUGCAUCUGCGUACAAGACGCAGAUCUCUCCUUGUGAUAAUUAAGUGUCCUUUGUAGCUUACAAAGUGCACAGUUGCCGACGGAGUUUGGCAUCAUCAAGACUAUCAUUGGGCGUUGCGUUUACCCGUGCACACCCGUACCGCAUAGGGAUGGCCGACACCAUCGCCUGCGCACACUGCGGAGAUGAGAAGACGAUUCCACACGUCCUGUGCGACUGCCCUGUAUAUAAAAACACAAAGACAAUAUAAUUAUAGUACAAUGAUAAAGUUAGAUGGCUAGGCGUUGUCAGAGGAAAGUAUAUUACGCCAUCAACUAGACUCAUCACCACAGAACAAGGCCGUGCAAACGCUACUGAACUUUUGUGAACUACUGGCCAGUGUGAACAACUCUGAGUGGAUUGAUUUUGUAUGUGCAUGUGUGUCUGGGUAUUUUUUCCUAUUUAUUUUUUCUCUAUCUCUUUCAACCGUCUAUUCUGAAACCUCACUGCAGAGUAGAAUACCGGGUAGCUCCCUGCGUUUUUUUUUUCGUUUCUCUCUCUCUCUCUCUUUGCAUCAUCAACGGGGCUAAGUGGCAUCGGUAGCAGCAGCAUCUCUGCGCAUGCGUGCAGUCUCUAUAUAUCUCAUGUUUAGCUGUUUCCAAUUGUUUUUAUAGUUUGCGCAAGAAAGUUGAUCAUCCGGAAUCAACUAGCUCAUUAUAAGCUUUUUAUCAUCAACGUAUUUAUGUUUGCCCAUUACUAUUCUUCCUACCUGAGCGCUCAUAAAAAUACACGCCAAAUAAUUGUAAUCCCCCCCCCCCCCCCACACACACAAACUUACAUAUGUUUCUUUAGAAGAUCAUGAAGUAAGGGUCUGUUUUUCAAAGUGUGUUUGAAAAAUGCUGUGAUAAAACCAGCGCUGAUCGAUGCGUUUAACAUGCCCAAAAUAUACGCACAGGCACGGCGCGAAAACUCCUUUUCUAAUUUAUUGCGGAUGUCUAACGUACAUGAUGCAUUUGGCCUCUUUCUUUCAACGUAGUCAUGUUGGUUGUGAUACAUAGAUCUGUCGAAGUAUAUGUGCCGAUUACUGGAAUGUUACGAAGCUUUUGUUUUUUGUACAUAGUGUAAAUAAACUUUUUCUAGACAGUAUAUUAAAAGUUCUAGAAUACGUCUAUAUGUGCACUAAAAACGGGCACGCGUAUUGCUCGCAAAACUAUAAAUUUCAGUAUUGUGCGGAAAAUUGGACCUGUAUGUCAUCAGUCAUCUUACAGGAGUGGUAAUUACCGCCAUUCGUGUAGUAACAACGAACAAUGAACGCAGAAAAUAUUGAAGCGAUGCACUGUGGUGUUUGUUCCCUGGUAAAGAGUGCGAGCCAAGUACGAGCCUGAUGUCAAAGAGUGUUCAGCGUACCAAUGAAAAUGUAUUAUCGUACGAAAAUUGCGUUGAGAGAAGACAAUAAAUGCAUUAAAGCACCUAUUGAAAGGUUAACUUAUGUAUGCUUCACCUAGCAUAGCCAAUCGUGUAGCAUCAUGAGUGAUACGACAGGAACACGAAAUUUUUUCACGUGUUUUGCGUCUCUGUAUAGGUACAGGUAUUUAUGAAAGUGUUUAAUAUUUCAAUGUAAUUUUGCACUAAAGGUUAACUUCAUGUUCAGCAUUGACGAGGAGCCGGAUAUUAAUGCUGAAUAAAUAUAUUUAUACUAUCU